AUGGCUAAACGCAACAGAAUCACCGAACAUGGGCGACUCGGGAGUAAAGCAAGCCAGGCCACGACAACAACACAAGGCUCGAGCGGCACGGUAACGCAACGCGACCAGUGCCAGCGCGAGCUGAUAGCCGCCAGUGCGCGAGGAAACGAGGAACGCGUCCGCUGCUUGCUGACGGAAAACAAGCCAUGGACCACUGGGAAAGACAAGGUAGCAUUGCGCAAAGCGUUGCAGAAGGCGUCGGCGCGACACCACAUCGACAUCAUUCGACUGUUACUCUAUCACGGUGCCGAGGUCAAUGCUGGUGCCCAUGAUGAGUUUCCACCACUCUACCGGGCCGCGCAGGCGGGCCAAUGCGCCGUUGUUGAGGAGCUUCUUACGCAUCGUCCGGACCUGGAGGCGCGUGAGAUGCGCACCUGGCAGACGCCUCUGUUUGCCGCCAGCGUGAAAGGCUACCAUGACAUCGCUUCGUUGCUCUUGGCCAACGGCGCGCGCGUCGAUGCCCAGGACCGAGACGGCCGCACACCACUGUUGGCCAUGGCCAUCAACCCCAACUUCAAGUCUAUGGAGAUGGCGUCGCUACUUGUGGACCAUGGUGCGAACCUCGAGGCGAAAGACCGGAUCGGUCGAACGCCACUCCUUUGGGCUGCCACCAACCGGAACUACGACCUCGCCCAGACACUCCUGGAGAAGGGCGCCAACGUAUCGGCUGUCAACAACCGCGGCCGUACGGCGUUGCACCUGACUGUCGAUGGCAGUAACGGGGGCAGAACCGCCGACCAGGCGUCGAUGCCUAAGAGGCCGCGCGAGGAGAUGCUACAGCUUCUGCUCCAGCACGGUGCUGACGCAAACGUAGCCAGUGAUGGAGGCUGGAGACCCCUUCAUAACGCUGCCCAGAAGGGUUUGACCUCUAUCGUGCAAGUACUGCUCAAUGCCGGUGCCGAUAUUAACGCCACCCUUUCCAACGGCAUGACUGCCCUGCAUUGGGCUGCCUUCAACGGCUUUGAGGAGGUGUCACAGCUAAUAUGGUCCUAUGCUGAGGCCGAUCUGGGCAUCACGGACACCUUCGGCCGCGCUGCGUGGCUUUGUGCUGCAGAGCGCGGCCACGACGACUUGGUCGAGCUUUUAUCUCCCGGUCACAAUAGCCACCGCCUGCCAAAGUCGAUGCGGGAAGCUACCCAGGCCUUCAACGCCACUGUCGUCGAAUUCAAGGAAUACGGUGAAAAGCAGCGCAUCUCUAAACCCCCGGUGUUCGACUUGCUGUAUAGAUGGGACGAGAAGAACGGUCGGCCUACGAUUCCGCUGUGGACAGAUGGACCCCCGGGACACGCCAAGAGCGAGUUCAAAUGGAUACAUCUUCCUGCCAAUAAUCUGGCCUGGGUAGAGACGCUCAUGGUAAAUUGGUUCAUUGAAUCAGGAUGCCGCGACCUCGAGGGUUUCAAGGCACUCAUGAAAUGUCUUGAACAGGAGCACCGCGGUCCAUUCCCGCACGCCAAUUAUAUGAGACCCUUCUGCCAGCGCAUCUCGUCUCAGCAUCCCGGCGAUGAAGACGGAGAAGCCCUCCUAGGAGGGGACGACACGAUCGGCCCUGGCUGCGCAAGUCCACUCCCCAUUAGAUUGAAGGGCAUCCGUCGCAGCACUAGCAAUUUGUCGCAAUUGACUCUCAGUCAGGGAAUACCGGGCGGUGAUGGCAAAAUCGUCAUGUUCAUGCCGUACCUCCACUAUGAGACGGACGAGAGCCGCCAGAAGAUGAUGGACGCCAUCAAGAUCGUGUCGUCGGCCAGCCAUGCGAGCUCGCGCGACAAGACACCUGACAUGCUGCUUUUGGAGGCAUAUCUGAACCAUAAGCCUUCGCUCCACCCGAGAAGGACGCUGGACCAGUUCUUCUACCGCGGUAUCGACACAUCGGCCCGCGACCGCGAUCAGGUCGUGUACCGCUACUGCGAGGCACAUGGCCAUCAGCGCAAAGUUUUCAUGGUGGACCAGCUGUGGGUUCUCGUACUGAACAAAGACCUCAUUAUUACCUGUUUCCCUGAACGAUGGGACUUGCGGAGUCAUAAAGACCCGUUAGGAGUACUGGACGGCAUCGUGGGCGAAAUGAAUGCCAAGACUCGGCCACCCGUUCGGAGUGUCUACCACUUGGCCAUCCUAGUUUCUGGCCGGUGCUCCGGCACAUUCUCGCGACACCGAGCCGAUGACCAGGACUACCAGUUCCUCGACAUGUUUGAAAGUUCCGUCGGCCGCGUUACCGAAGACCUGACCCACCUGUUCCACCAGUUCGAGCGGGCGUCGUCGCAAAGCCGACAGUGGGCCCGCCCAUCCCGCCGGUCCAAGUUGCGCAGCAGCAAGAACAAGAACAAGAAGACGCCGACGGAGGAGUCCAAUUCUUUCGACCGGCUUCUCGACAUUGGAACCGAGACAUCGCUGCUGACCGAGGUACGCGACAUUCGUGACGAGCUCAAUAUUCUGACCAUGAUCCUGAACUCGCAGCUGUGGACGCUGGGCGACCUGAAAAACUGCCUGAUCGAGGAGCUGAGCCUCAGCGCCGCCUCAAGCCGGUUGAUGCGCAAUCACGUCAACAACAUUCACGUCGCUGAUAUCCGCAAGCGCACUCUCGAGCAGGAACGCCACCUCAAAGUGCACAAGCGUGACAUCCAGACCAUGGACGAGCAGGCUGAGCGCCUGUAUCAGUCACUGACGGACCUGUUAGACCUGAAGCAGAAGCACAGCAACGCACUGGAGGCCCGGUUUGCCAGUGAGCAAGCCCUGGCUGCUGCGAGGGAGGGCCAGACCGUCAUGGUCUUCACUAUCGUUACCAUUAUUUUCUUGCCGAUGUCUUUCAUCGCUGCUUAUUUCGGCAUCAGCAUGGAUGCCUUUAAUGACCUCCACAGUGAUUAUGUGGCGACGUGGACCUUCGGCGGUGGCCUGGGCAUCUCGGCUGUCUUCAUCUUCAUGGCCUUCACGGUUGUCGACAUAACGAAGGCCUUUUCCGGGUUCGCCGCCCUGGCCAAGAGACUAUUUGCCCGAAACGACCCCGGGCACGAAAAGAGCGGCGAUAAUGACGAUGAUCAUCAGGAGGCGGGGAUGGUACCGGAACCCCCAGGGAUGCGAACUAGACUACUGGAGCCUACCGCGACGAGUCCACUCCAAUCCGUUUUCCACCGUUAUCAGUCCACUCCUCUAUCCAAGACCAGGACGAACAACACGAUAGGGUCGGACAUGACGGAAAUGGGAAUUCUUCAAUCCACCGACCUGGAGCUGGUAAAAUUGAAGACCGCCACCAGUAUUUUGUCCAAGACACGCUAUGCAGUGUCGGCCAAAAGCCCAAGGAGCCGUCGUGGGUAUGGGAAGGAGGACUUGGAGUGGGGAACGCACGACCGGGAGAUGAGUGCUGAUACUUGUUAA